GUGCUUUCAUAUUUGCUGAUGAAAGCGAUGCAAUUGGCUGUAUAUUUUUGCGUUGGUUCAAUGAAAAGUAAAGCGGAAUAUGCACAUUAUGCCUUAUCAGUGCCUCUGUACACCCACUUCACGUCACCGAUUCGACGAUAUCCUGAUGUACUGGUGCAUCGUUUCUUGUCUGCUGCAAUUGGAUAUUCGCCACCGCCGAGUCUUACGAUCAAGGAAGUUGCGGCGAUUGCAAAUCAUUGCAACGAUCGAAAACUGACCGCUAAGACAGUUUCCGAAGCCAGUGAUGAUAUGUUCUUUGGCGUUUUUAUUAGGGAAUGUGGUCCGUUAACAGAGCGUGCUGUGGUACUGCAGGUGCUCGAUGCAUCGUUUGAUGUUUUGGUGAUCAAAUAUGGUGUUGUGAAACGUGUCUACACGAAUGUACGUUUUUUUUCUGCUCCGCUCAACUUCGUUAAUUUUUGA